CUCUCUCUCUCUCUCUCUCUCUGAGAGAUCAACAGGACCUAUGUCAACAAGCAAAGAUACUACUACCGUAGCCUCACAACCUGGCCUUGAGUGUUGCAUGUGUGGCGAUUAUGGUUUCUCCUACGAGCUUUUCCAAUGCAAAGUUUGCGAAUUCAGAUCGCAGCACAGGUACUGUAGCAAUCUCUAUCCGAAGGCCGAGUCUUAUCGGAUUUGCAAUUGGUGUUUGAGUCAGAAGGAGGACGCCAAAGAAAAGUCACAGAAUUCAUCCAAUUCUUCAUCGUCGAACAAGAAUCAGGGCGAAGACGAUAGCAAGAGCAACAGAAGGAAUGGUAAUGGUGACAGUCUCGCAAACCUAAAAGAUCAAAGAGACGCUUCGCAGUUAAAACUCAACGUUCCCAUCAAGAAACAGAGAUCGCCGGAUGGAUCGCCGUCUCCGUCCCCAUUGCCAUCGACAUCGCCAUCGCCAUCGCCGUCGCCGUCGGCCCGAAAGAGGAUCAUCACGAAUGCUCGUAUGGAAGAGAAGCUCAAGAGAACCAAAUCGGAGGAGAUAUCAAACAGAAUUGGAGUCACCAGGCCUUUGUUCAGGAAUAAGGUGAGAAGGUAUAAGCUUUUGGAUGAGGUUUCAAGCUAAUUACUGAGCAAUAAUAUGGCUUUUUGGUUUAAAAAAAAAAAAAACUAAAAUAAAGUUACAGAGACAGUUUUGGUUUUGCUUGUCAUCUUUUUCGUACCUUUGCACAGAAAAUCCAGGUCAGUAGUGUUCUCAUCCAUUCUCUCUUAACUCCUUUGUAUAGAAUGUCACUGUAAUUCGCCAUAAAUCUUGGUUUAAUACCAAUAAUCAGUGAAGAUAUUUCUAUGUACUGAUCAAGAUUGAUAACGACGUCAUCCCAAUUAGUUUCUGCAAAAUUGAUGGGGUUCCUUUUUUUGAGCUGUGGGGAAGUACGAAUUUCGGCAUUUUCUGAUCUUUCUCUAAUCAUCAUUAUGCACAAGACUAAUUAAAGCUCCAGUA